UCCAACUCCGGCCCAGCUCGACCCGAGGGGCAAAUCCGCGAAUUUGCAGAACCACCCCCUUCCUCCUCCUGGUCGGCUCUCACCAAUCGCCGCCCCGGCCGGCCGCCUCGCUCCUUGCUUCUACCCUCGUACAACCCUCCUCCGCCUCGCAGCCAGUGACACUGACUGGAGUGCAAUGGAGAACAUUCGGUAUGCCGAGGAGCUCGUGAGGGAGUUUCUAGUGUUCAGGGGUUUCACAAGUACGCUGCAAGCUUACGAGUCAGAGUUGUCUACCGAGAUUGGCAGGAACUUUCAAGUAGAUAAGAUCCUGGACUUAGUGUUCUCAGAGUAUGUACCGAAAUACCAACUGGAUAGAUUGCUUGGUCUUUUUAGCUUCUUAAAGCAAUGUUUCCCUUCACCCGCGGACACAGAGCUUUUCUCGACCCUUGUUAAGUUGGAACUGUCAGUAUUAAGGUACUAUGUUGUCAAUGCUUUGAAAUCUGGAAGGCAAGACAAAGUAGUCGAAUUCUUUGUUGAAAGUGGCAAUUAUCUGAUGCAAAAGCGUGAAGAUUGGCUGGUGUGGUUUGCUAUUCCGUAUAUUAAGAAUCCAAGCUUGGAUCCGCAGUUCCACGUAUAUUUCUCCAAAGAAUGGUUGGACAUUUUGGUUCUUUCAUUUAGGAAUUUUUUGAGCGGGAUGUUCAAUGACAUUCGAAUCCCAGCUCUUUUGAGAAUUAGCACCGAGAAGAAUACCAUCAAAUCUCUCAAGAACGACUUAAGACAGCUGAAUAAUAAAUUGGCAGAGCUACAAGCAUUGUUAGAGGCGAAGGAAGCUGAAAUAUCUCAGUUGAGAAGGAACCAUAAUGGUGCUGAUUCUGGAAACGAAGUCAGUACUGGUGCAGCUGGUCCCCCUCUUGAAGGGCAAGAGAGAUCAGAAGUCUACGAAGAACCAUCGGCCUCAAGUAGCAUUGUACACGGCUUUGGCUCAUGGUCUUCUAGCUCAGUGAAAUCUUCUACAAGAGAUGGGAAAUUCCAAGAAUCUUCUCAGAUAAGCCAUUCAGAGAAUGCGCAGGUUUUGGUGACAGAGGAGGACUUUCCUGAAGUGAAAGUGGAUUUUCAGGAAACAUUUUUAGGCCAUAACAGUUCGAUUAGCUGCUGUCGAUUUUCUACAUCUGGCUCAAAUAUUGCUAGUUCAUCAAUUGAUGGUACAGUUAGGAUCUGGACAUAUGAUUCAUCAACACCAUCAUCCAAAAAUGCCACCAUAUACUGUGGGGCUGAAGUCAGUGCACUUUCUUGGGAAUGCCGAUCUGACAGAUUGCUGCUCAUAGGCACAGCUAAUGGAGGAAUUAAAGCUUGGAAUGCUGAUGCAAAGAGAGUUGUCAGCGACCUGAGUACAUCAAGAGACUUUCCAAGUGUCUUAGAUUUGAAGUGCAGCCCUGUAGAACCUGUGUUUGUCUCUGCAGCUGCAUCGAGACGGCAUGGAUCAACUAUACUUGACAGAACAGGAUUUGCCUCCUUGACCGUGUGGCAUAUGAAAACGUGGAAACCCUUGACAGUCCUCCCUCUUGGUGAGGAUCCACCUGCAAUUACUUCUCUUUGCUUCAAUCACAAUGGAAAAAUCUUAGCAGCUUCUGCAACAGAUGGAAUGAUUCACAUGUUUGACAUGUCUGCUGGUCUUCAAAUUACUGGAUGGCCUGCGCAUGAUUCCCCAGUGAGCUCAGUUCUUUUUGGACCUGCUGAAACUAGCAUAUUCAGUUUAGGCUCAGAUGGAAAGAUAUUUGAAUGGAGCUUGCACAAUCAAGGUCAGAUUCUUUGGUCAAGAGAUUGCAGUAGGUUCUGCAAUCCAGAGAGCUUUAACAAAUAUAUGCAUGAAAUUGCGUUGGAUUCUAAUGGCAAGAGGCUGCUGGUCACCUCUGGUUUGGUUCGGGCCCCAAUAUAUCAGGUGCAAGGCCACGAAAGUGGCUUGAGGACACUACCUCACAGUUCAUCGAUAACAAGCGUGGAUUGGCAUCCAACUCUGCCAAUGUACAUCACUGGGUCUGCAGACAACUCUGUCCGGGUCACAUCUAUUAUAUGAUCUAUAAAACAAGCUAAUCGCCUUGAGAUUUUGGGGAUGUCUCAAUGCAAUCAGAGAUACUGUUGCAGAAAGCUUCCAGUGUGGCUCCACGUGAUGGGCCUGCUUUCCCACAUGCAUCGGUUCUUGUCGAUAGUUUUGUCCAUGCGGGAGGCUUUCGGUGUCAGUGAGUCACUAUUUUGUUUGCAUGGAAGACUUGUGCUUGUGUUUCGUAGCAGCCGCUAUACACUUGGGUGAGUUGUUCCAAGUUUUUGUUUGUUGUAAAACAGGUAUAGAAUCCUGUUAUCUUUUAUACACAUUAUGAGGUUAGCAUUGUUACGGCUAGUUUCUUCCAUUAUUCAAACAUGUCUGUCAUCAAAAGCAAGUAGGGAUCAUGCUCACACGAUUCAGCUUUGUAGUGGCAGCUGGUGUGAACGCCGUAUGAUUGUAUCAUACAUAGCUUUGUUUGGUGCUACAUACAGCCUUGAAUCUGAAACCAGACUCCGAAGAAGUUUGUAUGGAUUCAUUGAUGUAUUACUACUUGAGGAAUCAGAAAAUUGUCGUAUCAAGGAACAUUGUUUGCAUU